CAUAUAUUUUAAGUAUUGCGAAUCCAAAUUGUUAAAAAUGUUAGCGCGAGCAAUACGUAUGCGUCUCCUGGUGCGCGGACUAGCGACCGGUGCAGCCGUUACACGCUCUCGUCAUGCGCCAAGCGCAAUUCUACAAUACUUUGAUGAAAUGCGUAUGGCCCGGCACUUGGGGCGAUAUAAUGGAACUGCUACUGUAAGUGUGAUGGUGCAGGCCAAGCGCCAUUGCAGCAGCAAGCGCGACGACUCUGAUGACGAGGUGACUGCUGAACCGCCGCCCGACGUUAUGCCCGAACCCGAUACUCAGCUGCCAGCAACGGUUGCAGUGCCGGAUGUGUGGCCGCAUGUGCCGAUGCUGGCCAUGCGACGUAAUCCGUUAUUCCCUCGCUUCAUGAAGAUAGUAGAGGUUUCGAAUCCCGUUCUCAUGGACUUGUUGCGUCGCAAGGUUAAAUUAAAUCAACCCUAUGUUGGUGUUUUCCUUAAGAAAAACGAUGGUGAGGACGAGCUAGUACAUAAUCUCGAUGAUGUCUAUGGCAUAGGAACCUUUGCACAGAUACAAGAACUGCAAGAUUUAGGCGAUAAAUUGCGAAUGGUUGUCGUUGCGCAUCGUCGUAUACGCAUUACAGGCCAGGUGAUUGAGGAUGUUCCGCCACCAAAGCCAGUGAAAAUGACAACUUUGCAUUAUCCACUAUUUAAUAUUAAAUUACGCAUCCCAGCUGAAGAUCAAGGCGAACAAAUGCCCCGACCACGGGGACGCCCACCGCGUAACCGUGUACCUCGUCGUCAGAUUGGCAGGGAUGGCAUAACCCGUGACCCAGCUGUGGAGGCAGAGGAAUUAGUCCAGCAACAAACUCAUGAGGCGCCACUGACCAGUGGAGUCGUUUCAAACACAACAGCGACAGAGUCACCACUAGCCAGAAAGCAAGGGGACAAAUCGCCGUCGGAAGAUACUGCUAAAGCAAGCGAUAAUGAUACCGCCGCUGAUGGAAAGAAGUCUGUUAAAGGCAUACCAGUGCUUAUUGUGGAAGUGGAGAAUGUGAAGCAUCCCACAUACAAACAGACCGAGGAGGUCAAGGCGCUCACGCAAGAAAUUAUUAAAACGCUGCGGGACAUUAUUACUAUGAAUCCACUGUACAGUCGCGGUCGCCAUUCUAGAGAGAGUCUGCAGCAAAUGUUGCAUCAGAACCAGCGCGUUGUGGACAACCCGAUUUACCUGUGCGACUUGGGCGCUUCAUUAUCGGCAGCUGAGCCAGCCGAAUUGCAAAAAAUUCUUGAGGAAGCAGAUAUUCCUCAACGACUACUGUUGGCCUUGGCUUUGCUCAAGAAAGAACUGGAACUUUCUAAGCUGCAGCAAAAAAUAGGACGCGAGGUGGAGGAAAAAGUCAAACAACAACACCGCAAAUACAUUCUCCAAGAGCAGUUAAAGGUCAUCAAAAAGGAGCUGGGAAUUGAGAAGGACGACAAGGAUGCCAUAGGAGAGAAGUAUCGUGAGAAACUCAAAGACAAAACGGUACCUGAAAGUAUUAUGACUGUGAUCGAUGAGGAACUUACUAAGCUAAACUUUUUAGAGAGUCACAGCUCAGAGUUCAACGUAACUCGCAACUACUUAGAUUGGCUCACCUCUCUACCCUGGGGCGUAAUCAGCCCCGAAAAUUUGUGCCUAGAAAAGGCCACCGAAAUUCUUAACAACGACCACUACGGUAUGGAGGACAUUAAAAAGCGCAUAUUGGAGUUCAUUGCCGUAAGCUCUCUUAAGGGAACUACGCAAGGAAAAAUUUUGUGCUUCCAUGGACCGCCUGGAGUGGGAAAAACCAGCAUAGCUCGCUCUAUAGCUAGAGCAUUAAAUCGAGAAUAUUUCCGUUUUAGCGUAGGCGGUAUGACAGAUGUUGCAGAGAUUAAAGGACAUCGCCGAACCUACGUGGGUGCCAUGCCAGGAAAACUGAUCCAAUGUUUGAAAAAAACAAAGACGGAAAAUCCGCUGGUGUUGAUCGACGAGGUUGACAAGAUUGGCAAGGGCUACCAAGGCGAUCCCAGCUCGGCUUUGUUGGAGCUUCUUGAUCCGGAGCAGAAUGCCAAUUUCUUAGAUCAUUAUCUCGAUGUACCAGUGGACUUGUCGCGCGUCCUUUUUAUUUGCACUGCAAAUGUUAUCGAUACUAUCCCAGAGCCACUGCGCGACCGUAUGGAGCUCAUUGAAAUGUCAGGUUACGUAGCCGAAGAAAAGGUUGCCAUUUCACGUCAAUAUCUUAUACCGCAAGCUAUGAACGAUUGCGGCCUAAAAGAAACACAGAUAAGCAUUACGGAAGAUGCGCUGAACAUGUUAAUUCGCAGCUACUGUCGUGAAUCUGGAGUACGAAAUUUGCAAAAGCAUAUUGAGAAAGUCAUACGCAAAGUGGCUUUCCGUUUGGUAAAGAAAGAGGGCGAACAAUUUGAUGUAAAUGCCGAAAAUCUGACCACAUUUUUGGGUAAACAAAUCUUUAGUUCGGAUCGCAUGUACGCCAACACACCAGUGGGCGUAGUAAUGGGGCUGGCCUGGACUGCUAUGGGCGGCUCCUCGCUGUACAUCGAAACAUCAAAGCGCAACAUACGCAGCGAGAAACCUGAGCCUGGAACCGGUGCUCUACAUUUGACCGGCAAUUUGGGCGACGUCAUGAAGGAGUCGGCACAAAUAGCUUUAACUGUUGCGCGGAAUUUCCUGCAUCAUCGUGAGCCCAAUAAUACAUUUUUGGAGCAGGAACACAUUCACUUACAUGUACCAGAGGGCGCCACACCCAAAGAUGGCCCAAGUGCGGGAAUAACCAUCAUCACAGCUCUCAUUUCAUUGGCGACAGGCAAACCAGUGCGUCAAGAUGUGGCGAUGACAGGCGAGGUGUCACUCAAGAGCAAGGUAUUACCUGUUGGCGGAAUCAAGGAAAAGGCCAUAGCGGCACGUCGCAGCGGAGUCACCUGCCUUAUUUUGCCAGUUGACAAUAAGAAAGACUUUGAAGAGCUUCCUAAUUUUAUAACUGAUGGACUGGAAGUACAUUUUGCGGGCACCUACGAUGAUGUCUAUAAAAUUGCCUUUUCCGACACAGCAACCACGGCUAGCAGCAGCACAGGUCCUCCUGGACAGCCCCAGGAGACGGUCGAAAAGAUACCCAGCGCAGCUACAGCGAAGUCUCCAACAUAUUCCUAAUUAAUGCUUAGCAUAAGGGGUGGGUCGGGGCAGAGUCAAGGUAACAAUCCAGGUUCAUAAGUAUAAGAAUGUUGUUUAUUUUUAGUUGGUAAGCCAUCUUACCAAGACUUUUUUAAGUGAAACAAAAAGUAAAUUAUAUGUUCACAGACACAUAGAAUCAAAUAAGAUUAACAGUUCGUUUAGCUA